AUGUCAAAGUCAGACCAUUCACGCAAUUAUGGGCCAGAGAUGGCACAGAGUCCCGGAACCUCUACUCUAUUUUCAAUUUCAGCCGACGAGCAUUCGUUGAUGAAUAGAAAGAAAUGUGCACGUCGCAUUUCGCAUCGAACAAUAUGGCAAGGGAUCGAACGCCUUGCCGACAGAAUGGCCGAUCAGUAUCUUCCGGAGGAGCUCCGUGGCACGUUCUCGAUUGAGGAAGAGUCCGUUUUCGAAUCUGAGUCACCUCUGUUCUCAGAAGAAUUCAGCAAUGAAACGGAAAGCAAUUCAGACACAGAUGGCGCCCCGUACUUCGAGGACACGUCACAGGCUUUCGAAAGCCCGAGAAGCCGAGAUCAUCACAUCAGGACUCGCUCUAUUCUAUUUGUCGAGCCCAUUAAGAGAGAAUCUCGUCAAGAGCGACAGCCAAAUGAAGCAAGCGAAGAAAUCUGUUUAGUUUUUCAGAAAAGUUUGGAAUUCAAGGCAACACAUAGCGUACAGAGCGCAACUAGUCUUGGAGUGGAAAAUGGAUGCCGCUCGAAUGAGUUUGGUCCAGAGGUGUGUGACUCGGUCUCGAGAAGCUCAGGCGUUAUCUCAAAGUGCUCGCCACCUUUCUUAAAAGACGAAGGUGCAAAAGUGCCUAGCUUCAAAUUCAAUUCUGUCCCGCCAGAAGCCCGACGAUUUUUUAAAACAUGGAGACAGGGAGCAUCAUCGAAGGUUCCAACACCUAUGCUGUCCACAAAAACUAAUUCCGAAUUUCCCGCUUUACCGGCGAUCAGCCCGCGAAAGCGAACAUCAUCGGGGAUGUUCAAUGUCAUUCAAAACAAAGAGACACUUUCUCAGAGAGAUUCAAUUAUCAAGACGUCGAGACUUGAGCUUGCCAAGAAAAGUAGCCACGUUGCAGCCGAUAAUUCGAGGGAAGACAUUCUGCCGCUAAGUCUAUCAGAUGAAGAAAAUGAGAUUAUUUUUCACUUUUCCUCGACUAGUUCUUUGCUCGAAAAUUCAAGUGUUCGGGAGAAAGUAGAUGCUCUAGAACAAGAACUUAAUCCAUUUGAAACGAGCGAUGAAAAGCAUCCAACUGCCGCUUUGAAAUAUACGAUUCCCUACGACAAAGACGGAAAUGUGGAAGUUGUUCCCGCUCUGAUCUCAUCUCCCAGGUCGUUUACUCAACGACGGCGUUUGUUCAGUAAAUUGAGAGAAGGACGACAGCGAACCUUCCUAUGGGAAAAGAAGUUCGCUGAUCUGAAACUCAAAGUGAAAGCAGAUGAUCAAAGUCUGCUUUGCGAAAUAAAUCGGCAAGAAAACAAUAAAAUCCUUGGAAAAAAGCAGAUGGGCCGUAAGCAAUCUAUUGAACUCAUGUCUCCUUCACGCACAGCAGCACCCCAGUCAACAAGAGCUACUCCACCACUUGAAUUGGUUGAUAAGGCUAUCCGCUCCUCACAGGAAGAACGACCUUGCUCAAAACCAGCAAGUCCUUUGGAUUCCGGCUCCGUGGCUUCGAAACUAACAACGAAGCAUUCCAAUGCACUUGGAAGGUGUUACAAAGAGGUGGGUGCGCAAGCGUACGUGGAAGACAGUACGCAGUCCUGGGAAAUUGCGCGCAAGUCGUCAAAAGAAAGACAUUCCACAAUUCUAGCUAGCGAGAAGGACUUUGAAGUUAACGUUUUUCUCUCUGACGCUACCGGGACGUUAAAGGAUGUGCGAGCUUCCGAAGAAAUCAUGAUCGACAGAGCGACGCAAUCAAUAGAGGUAGAUGGUGGUAGCCUAGCAUACAGCCUAGUUCCAUAUGGGGACGAAAUACGUCAACCCAUCGUUACUAGUUCGCUCAGCCCAAUGAAACUCGCAUUACAAGUGCCCUUUCAUGUGCAGCGAACACAAACUCACAGUACCGGAGAAGUGGAGGUCGAGUGCCAAAGUACAACAAAAAGCAGUUCAGUUACACAAGAGACUGCCAGGGUAAAGAGAAAGAAACGCAAGGAAUCACCGCACGGACAAAUGGUUGGCUUCAAGCCAAGAAAUGACUUUCCUUUGAGAAAAUCAUCCAAAAUAGUAGAGCCAAACAUUAACGAACCAGAGGACCUGGUCAUGAUUGGCACUGACUGUCAUGGAUCCUGCAAAAAACCAGUGAGGUCUAUGGUACACUCGUUGAAGAAAAGUUCACAAAGAUGUAAGGAUCAUCGCAUGACGUGCGCCGCGACCAAGCGAAGAGGUUUGGAUGCAAAGUGCGAUCGGAUACCGACAGAGCCAGAAAGUUCACCUUAUCAAAUCAGAUCCAAUCGAUUAUCCACGUCAAAAUUGAAAUCCUCUCGAGCAAGUUUGACUCCUGUGGAGAAAAAAUUAGUGGGACCUCAUGACACGUCGUCUCUAAUCGAUCUUCCGCCAAAAGCUGCCCCUCCCCGGGAGGGAGCAGAAAAUUAUCUUUCAAAAUUGAAGACGGUGACUGAGACGAGCAUGCGAAUGAGCCCCCACCGUUCUUACGGAACACAGGUUUACCCAGAACACAGUAACACAUCUGGCUCUGUUGAAGAAAUUUACGAAGAGGCGUCCAGAAAAGAUGACAAAGUACAUCACAUUGACACUCAACCUGUCAAUUCCGGGCAGAAGAAAGCUAAGACGAGAGCAGACUUUCAUUUUUCGCUUCGACGAAUCCGUGCUUUGUCGCGUUUACAUAAGGUUUCCGUAGGUAUGACGUCGAAGAAGAGUGGGUCAAGCAUUAUUUCACUAAGCACUGAAAGCAUUCCUUUUGAAGACUGUAUUUACGCCCACAAGAUCCUUUCCCCUAUUCGAUUAUCCGAGAAGGAACAUGUUGAGCCUAUUCUUCAUGAAAAACGUGACACCUAUCGAAACGCAAACAUGCUUCUUUCGGAUGAUGGUUCCAACAGAGACAUUCUGCAGUGUACGAAACAUAUAUCUCUGGAAAGAAAACUGGAUUGCGACAAGAAGCAAAUAUUGCAGCGGUCUCCGAAUAUAGGCGGAUUGGUCAAGGUUCAGUCGCUUUGCAUCGACUGUGUAUCCCCGAACGGCGGAGUGGAGGUGCCUCGACUCGAAUUCGAGAAACAAAUCGCUAGAGGAUGGACGCGAUGGUCAGGGAGAAAAUUUGCUGUCUUCCCACCCAAAAUAAGCGCAAGAGCACGGACGGAGACGGUCAGGAUACAUGAUCGGAAUAUUGGAAGUCUCUAUGACAAGCCUGUUAAUUCCAAUAUACAAGCUAUAUUUGUCGAAACGGAAGAACAUCAAGCCUUAAAAAGCUCGACUACCGCUCUUAAUGCUAGGUGUCAACAUGGAUUGUCACCCACCAAGCCGAACUCUAUGCAUCUAUUCCAUGAGGGGGAUUUAGGUACAGAUGAAAAAGGAGAGAUUGAGUUGAAACGAUGUCUUCAACAAAAACCGGACUUACAAGCGAUCGAUACAACGCUCAUUCCGCAAAUACCACUUCUGAGACCAUCAGGGAAUGGGCUUCCAAGCCUUCCUGGCACAGUCUCGACCUGUUUCGACGAAAAAGUGGCCAUCGCCGCCGCAAAAAGCAAUACAGAGCAUUCCGUUGAGUUUACUACACAAAGACGCGGCUUGGAUUUACAGGAGAAGGACGCAAAACAGACAAACCCCCUAUUGAUAUUGUCUGGAAAUAAAUUCUCCGCCGACAACAAAGUUUGCACGAUCCCAAACAUGAAACAACCAGCUACAGUUCAAACCAUAAAAAAGAUUGAAGUGGUGCUCCUUUCCAAAAGGAAGCAGGCCAAGGCGGAAAAGGAUGCGGAAUUUUUGUGUAUCGAAAAAAAUUGGUCUCCUCAGGUAUCGACAGACCAGUCUUCGUCUAUCAAUCUGCCUUCCUUCGAAAAAGUAAAUGAAUCUCAGAAUCUGGAAUCGUUUGACGUGAGAAGAAGCGCCGGUUCUACGGGAGGUUUGGCACGGAUUGAAAACCAGCGUAUUAGGAAGGAGUCGACCAUCCAGCAACGGAACGCCUUGAACCUCUCUCAGGAGAACAGAGAACAUGAACAGCUUGAUGUGGUGGAUCGAGAUGACAAGCAGCGUACGCGACGCAUAUCAAACGAACAGGUAAAGUCGAAGUACUCGCAUCGAGCUCGAAUGUUAGAGUCGAGCUCUGCGUGCCAACAGAAUUCGAAACCGUUACCUUUCCGAGUGAACGCAGGGACACGAGAGCGUUCACAUUCGGUGACCAAGACCAUGAAAUCUGACCAAUCACAGAGUGCUGGACGUUCUCGAGAAGAACGCAUAAAUGAAGUCGAGAAGAAAUUGGCGCGUCGGCGAGCCGCAGAUAUCAAAAUUUUGACGGCAAUAAAAAAUCGGAAGGAACGAGCGGAUCGCAGAAGAGUGUGUGAUCGAGGAGUAAAGUAUGACAACCCUAUGCAUUCUUCAGUCCUGCUACAGUCUGUUGAAGGUCUUUUGCGUCGGCGAAGCCAAUACCUGCAAGAGGAUAGGAAUAAGGGCGAAGAGGAAAAUAUCAAUUUGAAAACCACCGCAUUGACUUGCGUGUUUUCUCGAAUGCUCUCUUGCACACAAGAUGAGGGGCGGGACGACGAAAACGUAGAUAGUUGUAAAUUUGACUGAUAACAAAUGCUCCAUGAUCGAACUAUAAGGGAAAAAUUGCAGGGGAAUGUGUAGUAAACGAUUCAGUGUCAAUCAUCAGGAUCACAAUCAGCUCCUUUGACUUGGUAUUCACUAGAAGG